CCUGACAGUGCCAACGGACACCAUGAGGACCCUCACACUGCUUGCCCUGCUGGCCCUGGCUGCACUCUGCCUCGCUGGUCGGGCAGAUGCGAAGCCCAGUGGUGCAGAGUCUGGCAAAGAUACAGCCUUCAUGUCCAAGCAGGAGGGCAACAAGGUGGUGAAAAGACCCAGGCGCUUCGUGGACAAUGGGCUGGGAGCCCCAGCUCCCUACCCGGAUCCCCUGGAGCCCAAGAGGGAGGUGUGUGAGCUCAACCCGAACUGUGACGAGCUGGCUGAUCACAUCGGCUUCCAGGACGCCUACCAGCGCUUCUACGGGACCCCAGCCUAGGUGUCUGUGCUGGCCGUGGCAGCCCUGCUCUGGCUCUGCGCCAGGACUCCUCCCUCGCCUCCCCCUCGGUCCCUCUGCCCUGCCAGUGUGGGCAUCCCAGCUGGUCCAAAAUAAAGUCCAGAGGAGGAAUUGA